AGCAACGUAGCUGAGAGGUGAUCAGUAGUGAAGCUCGCAAUGAAAGUUCUGCCAUUUGUAUCAAAGUCAUUAUUCAAUAAGUAACUAGGAGGACGAACUUGAAUAUUUCUUGAUAAUGUUUUGAUAUUUUAUUUGAACAUUAUAAUAAGAAAAUACCAAAUGUAAGCAGCAUCAAAGUGCAACAGAAGAGAUGAGACCUCAUUUAAAAUAAAUUGAUAUUUAUAUAGAAAGCGAAGUAAGUGUAAAAGUGCAUAAAUACUGACGUGAAACGACGCUUUCAAAUAUGGACGUUUUAACGCAAAAUGAAUCGUCUGAAUUUUAUGAAUACAAUGUUGGAUUAAGAAAGGUAAUUGGCAUUAAUUCGUCAGACGUUUACGACUACCAGUCAAUGUACGGAAACAUGGAAUACCCUGUUCCUUUUAAGGAGGUGCCAUUGUGGGAAAUGAUUGUAAAGAUCACACUUUAUUCCGUACUAAUUCUAUUCGCUUUUGUUGGAAAUAUUUUGAUAAUAGUAGUGGUCGCCCACAACAAGCGAAUGCAAACGACUACGAAUUAUUUCAUUGUGAACUUAGCAGUGUCCGACUUGCUUGUGACCGGUUUCUGCUGCUGGGUGCGAGUAGUGGACGAUAUAACGGAAGGAUGGGUGCUAGGAAACUUCUUCUGUAAAUUUAACUCAUUUGCUCAAGUGAUGUCAAUGGUAGCAGGCAUCUUCUCCCUCAUUCUGAUAGCGUGUGACCGCUUCUUUGGUAUCGUUUUCGCCAUGAAGGCUCACAUCAUCGAACGAAAGGCUAGCUAUUCCAUCAUCAUUAUCUGGGUCUGCGCAAUUGCUGUCGCCACGCCCUUACUGGUUGUCAGAAAGGAAGAAUCAGUCACAUGGUCCAACCACGUGGAAAUCUGGUGUGAUGAUACAUGGCCGAUGUCUUUGACCAAAGACCCUGCCACUGGGCGGGAUAUUGUGUCAUUCCCUGGAAGAAAGGCGUAUUACACAUUUCUGACAAUAGCUCUGUAUUUCAUACCUAUGGUGACAAUGUCAGCUAUAUAUAGUCUUAUUAUAAUGACGGUGUGGUUUAAACGAGCACCUGGUGAAAGAGUUUCUGCAAAAGAAAUCAAAGUCCAAAAGAGGGUAAAAAGAAAGGUUGUUAAGAUGUUAGUGAUGAUUCUGGCCACGUUUGGUUUCUGUUGGCUGCCGUUGGAGAUCGUCAUCCUGUACUCCGAGUAUCGGACAAAUCGUCUGCAACCGCUUCCUGAAUGGUACGGUGUACUAGAGUUCCUCGCCUACACCCUUGCAUACGCCAACAGCGCAAUUAACCCACUCAUCUACGCGGGUUUUAAUGAGAAUUUCAGAAAAGGUUUGUAUUUUCAGGCUUUCGGACGUUAUUUGGAUGUUACGAAAGAAAGCUUUACACCGCUAUAUCUCGAGCGGAUUCAAUGUACAACACUUCAACGACAAACGUCACAACACAACACAUGACUAGGAUGUGAAGUCACUUCUAUCCACAAAGCCCGAAGAAAAGAUAGAACAAGAUAUGACGUCACGUCUUACGUCUUUUCCUAGCAUGAAUCAUUUACGUCUAAGUGCAAGGAGAAACGUUUUGUAACACUGGCAUCAUAAUAAGAGACUGGGUAAAACCUUUUAAAUUGCGGAAAUCGGAACAUGGACAAAUCGAUGCUCCCUUGCGUUUCGGACACAAGUCACUGGACAAGGCGCCAACUUAUUAGUUCCAUUUAAUUUUAAGGAAUUCACCAUAGUAAAACACUAUGUUGUUUUGUUUAUCAUAAUUAUCAGCAUUCCUAAAAAAAAUUAAUUACAAGAAAUAAGUGUUUCAUUGGUAAUAUCGGACGAGUUGUUUCAGAUAAAGCAUGACUUUGUCAUAGUCAUUUUACAUUAUAAUUAAAACGACAACAAAUUAUAAUAUAGUUCUUCUUUUGCCGUAUUCUUAAAUCAUUUAGUGUUGAUCAGAUAUGUGUGGAUAGUAAAUACACAACCCAAGUUAAACUUUGAUACGCUCAGAUAUGCUAGUUACAUGAGUACAAGAUACAAGAGGAACAAUAUACAAGAUACAAUAAUCUUUAUUUUAAGUCGGGGAUAUGUUUACAAGAAACAUUAGCUCAAUGGGAUAUUUUACGACAUGAUUAACAAUCAUACAUAAC